CAGAUACAGGCUACUAGCCGAGAGGUACAACAGCAGAGCUCAGGCUGGCUAGGAAAUAGUGUUCAUGCUGCUAUGUAAACAAAAUAAGAUCUUAGUAUCAAGAUGGCUGACCUGGAAGUCUACUUGUAGCUCCUGCUACGCAAAUGAGCUACAUGUCAGUGGCUUACUCAGAGGAGGAAGCUCAUUUUGCACGUGCCAGGGUAAAGAUGGAAAGCACAGAUGAACCUCAGAAAAAAGUCUUCAAAGCACGAAAAACAAUGAGAGCAAGUGAUCGGCAACAGCUUGAAGUUGUCUAUAAGGUUAAAGAGGAUCUGUUAAAGACAACUGAAGUUAAACUGUUAAAUGGAAAGCAUGAAAAUGGAGAUUCUGAUUUAAAUUCCCCUUUAAGCAAUACAGACUCUACUGAGGACAAAAGGGAAGUUAAUGGCCUAGUGGACUUGUGUGUUAACUCUGAAGAAGAAAGAACAUCCUCUGGUGAAGUUAGUCAAGCCAAAAGCCCUGAAAGUAGGACAGGGAACACAGUCGGUGACAUAGAAUCCAAAUCCCUAACGCUAUCUCCAGAGAAUGUUGCUCCUGAGCAAGAUAAAGAUACUGUGACUGCUUUAGCUUGUGAGGUUGAAAAUAAAGUGCUUGACAGCAGUAAAGAUAACUUCCAUGAAGAAAAUAAUACAAAAGAUCAUUUGGACCAAAGAGAGAGUGACAUCCCAUCAGAAGGUGACAGUAAAUCAAUCUGUGAUACUGCUAAGCCUUCAGAGGAGAAGGAAGAAACAAAUGACGUGACUAUCAAUUCCAGUCCUUCUGAUGAGGAAAAGAGAACUGAAGGAGUAACUGUUGAAGAUGAUGUUGGAGAAGAGGCCAUCUCUAGCAGUAUGGAAGCUGAUCAGGAGCCAAAGGACAAAAAAGAGAGCGCUGCAGAACUUUCUGAUAGCACCAUUCCGAAGACAAUAGAAGAGCCAAGUGAAAGUAUCUUGGACACUACUGACUCAAUGGAAACAGAUGAAAUCAUUCCAAUUUUGGAAAAACUAGCCCCUGCUGAAGACGAACUGAGCUGUUUUUCAAAGGGUCCUCUACUUCCAGUGGAUGACACAGUCCCCGAUUUAGAAGAGAAACCAGACAGCUGUUUGGGUUCACCAUCCAAGCAGGAAAGCAAUGAAAAUCUGCCUACAGAGGCUUUCUUGGUACUAUCUGAUGAAGAGGAACCCUGUGAUGAGAAGGAGGAACAAGCUGAAGUGACGCUAUCAAACAAGCCAAGUUUUCCAGAAGAGGUGAAGGAGGAGAGCAAGAAGGUCGAGGAGGUUAAAGAACAGGUGGCCCACAAAGAAGAAGAGAAGCACAUGGAGAUAAGUGAAGUGUCAAGGAGAAAACGUUCCAAAUCUGAGGACAUAGACAAUGUUCAUUCCAAACGUCGACGGUACAUGGAAGAGGAUUAUGAAGCAGAACUUCAAGUGAAGAUUACAGCCAGAAAAGAUGUUGACCAAAAAAUAGAAAAGAUUAUCCAGAGACUGUUAGAAGAAAAACUUAGUGCUUUGCAGUGUGCUGUAUUUGACAAGACUGUGGCAGACCUGAAAACACGAAUAGAGAAAGUAGAAUGUAACAAGAGGCAUAAAACUGUGCUUACUGAACUAAAGGCUAAAAUUGCUAGAUUGACAAAGCGGUUUGGAGCAGCCAGGGAAGACUUGAAGAAAAGACAGGAAAAUGCAUCAAGUACACCUCUGUCUCCCACGAAAGCAGCAAGUGAUACUGUAAACACAACCAACACAACAUAUCGAAAUGCUGGCACAGUGAGGCAGAUACUGGAGUCGAAGAGGAAUGUAGGUGAGAGCACACCAGCAACUUUUCAAGCCCCUGUGAAUGCAGCUUCCAGUCUUGCCACUCCUUCAGCAGUUGUCAGUGCACAGCCGAAGCCUCAAACUCCAAUGACCUCCACCAACUCUUUGACAACAGCAGUCCUUCCCGCAGCUAACACAGCUGCAGUUGUAGGCGCUAGCCAAGUGCCCAGUGGCAGCACUCAGUCAGUGUCUGUCUCGUUGCAGUCUUUGCCUGUAAUCUUACACGUACCUGUUGCGGUGUCGUCCCAGCCUCAGCUCCUUCAAGGCCAUGCAGGGACAUUGGUCACUAACCAGCAGUCAGGCAGCGUUGAAUUUAUAUCUGUACAAAGCUCAUCUACGAUUGGUAGCCUUACCAAAACUACAGUGUCUUUGGCAUCAGCUAACCCACCUAAACCAAAUAACAGCACAUGUGUGCCCAGUUCUGGUAUUCAGAGGAACUCUCCAGCUGCAUCAAUAGGCACAACAUUGGCAGUGCAGGCUGUUUCUACUGCACAUCCUGUUGUCCAGACCACAAGGACUUCUCUACCCACAGUGGGUACUUCAGGACUUUAUAAUGCUCCCAGCAAUCGAGCACCCAUACAGAUGAAGAUCCCCAUCUCUGCAUUUAGUAACACAGCUCCUGUGGAACCACCUGUCAGCACAGCGCUUCGAAUUGAAAACCAGCCAAGCAAGCCACCAACAGAUGCGUCGUCAGCUUCGGCAAACAAGCGAACAGCUGAGGGAACACCACAGAGCGGGAAGGUCACAGGAACUGAUUCAGGAGGUGUCAUUGAUCUUACACUGGAUGAAGAAGAUGAUCACUCUUCUCAAGCAGACAGCAAGAAGCAGAACCAGACACCUGCUACAGGGCUGAGCAUAUCUACCCAGACCUUGGCUCAACCCGCCCAGCCUCCACAGCUAGCCCCCGUGCAGCAGACAGGUGUGCCAAUGAGUGGAUCUUCCCAAGCCAGCUUACAUGUAUUACCUGCAGCUUCGACAACAGUGAAUGUAACUCAUCGACCAGUGACUCAAACUGCAAAGCUUCCUAUACCAAGAGCCCCUCCUAACCAUCAGGUGGUCUAUACCACCCUGCCUGCACCACCAGCUCAGAACCCUGUAAGAGGAGCUCUCAUGCCAACCCCAGGUUUAAGACCAGUCAACCCACAGGCUGGAGGUAUGACAGUACGGAUGCCUCAGACAGCUGCGUACGUGGUGAACAAUGGACUGACCCUUGGGUCUGGAGCACCUCAGCUUACGGUGCAUCAUCGACCGCCUCAAGUGCAUGCUGAGCCACCACGCCCUGUACAUCCUGCCCCUCUUCCAGAGGCACCACAGCCACCGCGUCUGCCCCCUGAGGCUGCCAACACUUCCCUGCCUCAGAAGCCACAGCUGAAGCUGGCAAGGGUACAGAGCCAGAACGGGAUUGUGCUGUCGUGGAGUGUCAUGGAGGUAGACCGGAGCUGUGCCGCUGUGGACAGUUACCACCUUUACGCCUACCACGAGGACCCCAGCGCCACUAUGCCCUCGCAGUGGAAGAAGAUCGGGGAGGUGAAGGCCCUCCCCCUCCCCAUGGCAUGCACUCUUACCCAGUUUGUGUCUGGCAGCAAGUACUACUUCGCAGUCCGGGCUAAGGACAUCUAUGGGCGGUUUGGACCUUUCUGUGACCCCCAGUCCACAGAUGUGAUCUCUUCUCAGAGCAGUUAAACGAGAGAUCUUUGGAGCUUUAAAGCUGUCCUACUACCAAGAAUUACCCCAGUUUUGGAGGGUUGAUCCCAUGCAUGAAAUUCACUUCUAAAUCCACUUUCUGCAGGAUCAUUUCAGACAGUUGUGUCGUACACUACAUGCGUUCAGAACCAAAAAAAGGGAAAAAACAAAGUCUCAGCGGCAGCGAGAGAGCCUGCUUGUUCUGCAUAGGUCAAGGCAUGGGCUGACUGAACAGGUCACCUUCCCUUCCAUGACAGCUGCUCCACCUACCUAACGUUUGUCCAAGGCCACCCUGGAUGCCUGGGAUUCUGCUUCACAGUGGGAACAAAUAAAUUGAGAUUUACAUGAAGCCAAGCAGUCACAUCUGUAACAUCUGUCAAGGCACUAACGUGAAGGCAGGAAGAGCUCUGCCUCUUGCCACCCACCACUCUGAGCAGGCACGGUAUGAAGGGGGGGUCCAAGGUCUCACUUCUCUACUGGAUGACUGAGUGAUCUGGUGUUACUUUACAUAAUGAGCUCUCUUAGGGGAGGGAAGGGAGCUUGAGUCUGGCCAGGGAACCUAUGUGUGUACAUCUGGAGGUGGUGGAAAAACACCCAAGACAAUACAACAACCACCCCACUACCUCCUACCUCUCCUAAGUAAGAACACUCCUCUCUAUUUCCACCAUCCUCCCCAACUCACACUAGAAGUGUUCCCAGGUCAGAUCUGAAAAUGAGUUGUGGAGAUUGCAUUUGCACCUGUCUGGCACAGAGAAUUCCUCUGCCCCUCCCCUCAUACAUCCAGCCCUGUUUUUUAGAUUUAUUUUGUGCCUUAAAGAAUAAUUUCAGAAAUAAAUGUAGCCAGAUACCUUGUGUUUGUUCUUUUAUUUGCUUGGAGUUAUGUUUCCUUUUACCUUUCUAGCCUUUCAUUAAUGCUUCUCAUUUUUCUGGCCUGAAGUAAUUCUUGUUUGUGUAAAGACCAGGAAGUGUAACAUCUGCUGAUGGUGGAUUUAUUUUUAUCUGCAGUAUCAGUCAACCCUUUCCUCACUGUAACUCUUGAGUAGUUUGGUUUCUCCUGCCAAGAACAUUAUACAGACAGUGUUUUCCACCAGAGCCUUUCCCUUUUCUUUUGGGAAAGCUGUAUGCUGCAGUUCAGCCAAAGAAGAAAUCUCUCUGGUGUGGCACCAUGAAAGCUUCUAGUUGUCUGCACUGGCUUUGGCUGUUCAGCUAGUACAAAAAGAAGGUUGGCUUCCCAGUCCUCCUCUCUGUCCUGCCUGCCUCUGCAGAAAGCUAACACACUCAACACCACUUAGAAACCAUUUCAGUCACCGGCCUUAAGUUUGUGAGCAACUGCAAGUAUUCAUAGAUGCUUUCAUGAUGCUUCUGAACUGAGAAAAGUUUCUGUCCCAGUUUCCUUCCCAUGUUACAUUUGCUUUUUGCAGAACCAAACUGUAACUUGUGUACCUGGAGACAGUGUCAUCUGUCAGGUUUUGGGUUGGCACUUCUCCGAACAAGGGCAGCAGUCGCACUCCUGCCCAGCAGAACCCAACAGAGUCCACUUCCCCCUGUGGAUUCUAUGAAGCUGUAGAAGACAAAACUUUGUUUUGUUCUGUUUUUAUUUCAGUGCUCUCUUUCUUAGCAUUCUCAAAUGUGAAAGGGCAGGAAAAAUGAAAUGGCUGAUGAAAAAUGCUGUGAGCCUCAGUUGUGUUCCCUUGAACUUCCAGCAGUUAAAGCAACAGCAUUGCAGUCUCCUCUGUGCUGUUUCACUGCACUGCCUGUCAUUGAAGAUUGUCACUUCUGUCAGGUCAGUAACAAAUGCUCUCUGUAUGGAAACUUGUGUUUGACAUUUAACAGUCAUAGGUUUGGGUGGGCAAAACUUCAAAUCCAGGGAUGGGAAGAGAAGAUUCAGUAACAGCUGUCCCUGUAUUACUGGUGCCAGGAAUCAACAAUGCCUUGAUUUUUUUCUGUGUUUAACUGAUGUUUUGUCUGCCUAUUUCAAGGAAUAGUUACUUAAUUAUGCAUUUGGUCUACUUAUGGAAAGUUGAGUCCUUAACCAAGCCAGUUCUGAAGUAAAGGUUAGAGCAGUUCAUUCCAGUUGACAGCUGUCAAGUCCUCCUUGGGCAUUUUCUUUUUCCUAAUGUAUCUUUGAGGCGGUACCAAAGGGCCAUUGGCCACAUCAGUACAAUGAGGUUUUAUAGUUUGAAAGUUAAAAUAAACAUUCAUAUACAACCUAGAA